UUUUAUAACAACAAGUUUCUUCAAGUAGCUACUCUGAUUGUCCUUGACCCUUUAGGACCAUUCCUUUCUACUACCCAUAUUACCAAUAACUCAGCCACAACGAAACGUCGUGUUCUUCCACCUUAGGCUGCUCCAUCAAUCCUCCUAGUUUUGUCUUUUACAUAUAAACCUCCUACUCCAUUCUAGUUUCAUAUCUCUUGCAUGAUUUCAUGUUGGAAUCCCAUUAUCCCACCAACUACCUGCUUGCAUUAAAUAUUCAUCCUGUAACUGAGCCGAGAAAAGUGUUGUUGAGUUUUUACAUUUCAGAGUUCUCAAACAAUGGUGCAAUCAAACCAAAAGCCCCAUCUUGUAUUACUAUCCGCCCCUGCUCAUCUCCAACCUGUUAUUGAGCUUGGGAAACGCCUUGUCACUUGCCAGGAUGUUAAGGCAACAAUUAUAGUUGCUUCUUUUGUCCAAUCAGCUCCAGCGGAAUCGCGUAUGGUCCAAGCUGCGUUGGCUACAAAACUCUUCGAUGUCAUCCACCUCCCACCAGCUGACAUCUCCAACCUCGUUGAACCUGGUGAUAAGGGAAUCACAUCACUUUCUGCGGCCAUGCAUGUCGUCAAGCCUGAUUUUCAGGCCGCUAUAUUGGGUUUGGAGACUCUGCCAACUGCUCUCGUCGUUCACGUCUUUGCGAUCGAGUGUUUAGGAAUUGCGGAUGAGCUUAAGAUCCCAAAAUAUGUGUUUGUUUCCACAAAUGCAUGGUUUCUUGCUACGAUUGUAUACACUCCGGUUCUAGACAAGGAAGUGGAAGGAGAGUAUGCCGCUAAGAAAGAACCAUUUGCUCUUCCAGGUUGCUCGUCGAUUCGAGCAGAAGAUUUGCCAGAUCCCAUGUUGUUACGAACGAAAGCGAAUUACCGUGAAUACCUCAAAAUAGGUAUGGAGAUUCCAAAGGCCGAUGGGAUUUUGGUGAACUCAUGGGAAGAAUUGCAGCCUAAAACACUAGCCUCUUUGAGAGAUGGUAACCUCUUGGCUGGUGUUGUUAAGGCACCAAUAUUCCCAGUCGGCCCGAUAAACUCAGAGGGGUCUUCGGCACUGAAGAACGAGUUAUUUGACUGGCUGGACAAGCAACCUUUUGACUCAGUUCUUUACAUAUCUUUUGGAAGUAUGGGAGGGCUCUCACUUGAGCAAAUGUUAGAAUUAGCUUGGGGUUUAGAGUUGAGCCAGCAAAGGUUUAUAUGGGUAGUUCGUCCGCCUAUAGAAAAAUCAGGCAGCGGCUCCGGUCCCAAGUUUGGGAACAUUGGUGACGAUGUGUCGAGUUACUUGCCUGAAGGGUUCAUCUCAAGGACCCGAGACAGGGGAGUGAUUGUUCCACAAUGGGCCCCACAGGUGGAAAUCCUGAGUCAUCCAUCAUGCGGAGGAUUUUUCACGCAUUGUGGUUGGAGUUCAGCAAUAGAAUGCAUCACCAAUGGAUUGCCAAUGAUCGCUUGGCCACUAUACGCUGAGCAAAGGAUGAAUGCUACAUUGCUGACGGAGGAAAUGGGCAUAGCUGUUCGAUCUGAAACCUUACCAUCAAAGGGUAUUGUGGGGAGGGAAGAGAUAGAGAAGAUGGUGAGGAAGAUUUUUGUGGAUGAGGGUGGACGUCAAAUGAGGGCCAGAAUGAAGGAACUGAAACUUAGUGCUGAGAAAGCUUGGAGCAAUGGUGGUUCAUCAUAUGAUGCACUAGCUAAAAUGGUGAAACACAGCCAGAAAAAAGCUAUAGCAAUCGAUGUUUAACGGCAAUGUCUUUCACGGUUCAUGUGUUUGUGUAUGUGUCUCCAAAAUAAAAUUGGUGGCAAUUAAAUAAAAUUUGUGGCAAUUAUCAUGCCCAAGAAAUAUCAAGGCUUUUUUUUUUCCUAA